CAAGAUAUUGAAAAUAUAGAUCCAUCUUUGAUUCAAAAUCCUAUUAUUCAUCCUAAAAAAGGUGCCCCUCGCAAAACUCGGUUCAAAGGAUCUCAAGAAUCAAAAUCAAAAAAUACAAGUCGAAAACCAACGGAGUGUCAACAAUGUCAUAGAUCUGGUCACAAUAAAGCUGGGUGUGAAAAAUGGCAUAAAAAAAAUCAAGUCUCAUAUUUGUAA